AUGUGGCCUAGAAGGCGCCGUUGCUGUGCCUUGUUAGCAACAACUGGGCAGACUUCCCAGCCGAAAGUCCACGUUAAAACACACAUUACACCGCUGCACGGGUUCUGUACACAGCUACAGCUGAGCCAACAUGCCUCCGAAGAAACCCGCUCCGGCUACGGGAAAUAAAAAAACUCAAGAGAAGAAAAAGGAGAAGAUUAUCGAGGACAAGACGUUUGGCUUGAAGAACAAGAAAGGAGCCAAACAGCAGAAGUUCAUCAAGAACGUUACUCAGCAAGUCAAAUAUGGACAACAAAGCGCCAGACAGGUUGCUCAGGCCGAGGCAGAGAAGACCAGUAAGAAGUCUGACAAGAAGAAGGAGCUGGAUGAACUCAACGAGCUUUUUAAACCGGUAGUCGCUGCCCAGAAAGUCAGCAAAGGUGUUGAUCCAAAGUCGGUGCUGUGUGCGUUCUUUAAACAAGGCCAGUGCACUAAAGGAGACAAGUGUAAGUUCAGCCAUGACUUGUCAAUGGAGAGGAAGUGUGAGAAGAGAAGCGUGUACGUGGACGAAAGAGACGAAGAACUGGAGAAAGACACCAUGGAGAACUGGGACGAGAAGAAGCUGGAAGAAGUGGUCAACAAGAAACACGGGGAGGCUGAGAAGAAGAAGGCCAAAACACAAAUUGUGUGCAAGUACUUCCUGGAGGCCAUAGAAAACAACAAGUACGGCUGGUUCUGGGUUUGUCCAGCGGGGGGCGACACCUGCAUGUACCGACACGCUCUGCCACCUGGCUUUGUCCUGAAAAAAGACAAGAAGAAGGAGGAGAAGGAGGAGGAGAUCUCGCUGGAGGAGCUGAUAGAGAACGAGAGAUCAGCUUUGGGUCCAAACGUGACUCGGAUCACUCUGGAGACUUUCCUGGCCUGGAAGAAGAGGAAACGGCAGGAAAAGGUGGACAAAGCCAGGGAGGAGAUGGAGAAGAAGAAGGCCGACUUCAAGGCUGGAAAGUCGCUAGUGGUGAGCGGCCGCGAGGUGUUUGAGUUCCGCCCGGAGCUGGUGGACGACGACGACGCCGAGGCCGACGACACUCGAUACGCCGAAGAGGAAGACGAGAGCGACGAGGAGCAGAUCGAUACGACGGCGGUCCAGGACAUAGACUUAUCCCGCUUCGUUCCACAGGAGGUGGACAACACAGGAAUCACCGUAGCAUCGAUGGACCGGUUCUCCUCCAGGACGACGGAUACGACAGAAGCAGACAACGACGAGCAGCUGAACGGAGCUUGUGGCGGCGCCGAGGCUAACGGACUUCCGGGAGCUGAGGGCGGCGGUGAGGACGGCGGAGGGGAGGAGGAGGAGGAGGAGGAAGAGGAGGAAGUACCAGUGGAUGAGAACCUGUUCACGGGAGAAGAUCUGGAGGAGCUGGACGAGGAGCUGAACACACUGACGCUGGAGGACUGAGGAGGAGGUUGGGACGGACUAACGGACAAAGGGACGAUGCAUGGAGCUAAAAACUACAAAGACCAGACGUCUGAAUGAUUUUAAGAGACUCCAGUAAUAAAGCCUGAUUACAUCACUUCCUGUCUCUGUUCUGUGUCGCCCCUCAUCGUUUUGUACUUGAAAUUUCCUCCACAAGGCCGAUUUAAAAUGAAUGUUUCCAUCCAGAGAGUUUGGCUGCUGUUGUUGUUGCACUUUUCUGUUGCUUAACAAACCUGCUGGCUUCAACUUCCUCUGAUAAAUUAGACUCGUGUUAAAAAUCACAGCGAGACAGGGACAGGAUCGGAAAUAAAGAGAGACGAUUCUGCUCUCACGCCAAAUUUAAAGUUUGAAGAUGAUCUGCUGGAUUGUUUUCCUGGAGCUGAACUCAGAUCUGCCCAUCCAAGGCCGGUGUUGUAAAUAAAAUGUUGCCUCCUAACAGAAUAAAACCAUGUACAUCCGC